AUGCUGGCAGCUUGUUUCUCUCUCUUCCUCCUCGCGGGCGCACAGCCACUGGCGCAAAGUUUGACCGUUGAACCUGUCAGAGACUGCUCCGAGCUCCCAGAUUAUAAUCCCAAAACGAAGAUCGCCGGUCCAUGGACGAUCAUUGUCGAUGGAUGCUACAAUGGCACCUCCCCCUGCAGUAUCGAAGGCUUUUCCACUGGUGCUGAUACAACCCGUCAAUUUGGCGAUGAAGGUUUCCUUAAUGGCCUGAUCACCAUCACAAGUCACAAAGAAAACAUCAAAACCCAGCUUCGCUGCAACGGCAAUGAAGGCGCAAACCAAAUCCAAGCCCACAUUCCCUAUGGCUCCGGCGAUCUUGCCUGGCACCCUGUCGGCAUCAACCACCACCCUGCAACAGGUCGCCUAGUCUGGGGCCGAGAAUUUGAACCUGUGCAAGUCUACCGACACUCAGUCCAAGGUGUUCUAUCCAAGGGACUCUUUCUCGGUUCGGAUGGUCGGACUGAGUGGGUUAUUCAUUCCUCUGGUCCAGACGUGAGCUUUGUUGAUUACAAGCCGUAUUGGAUCCCUCGGCUUGUGAUCCCCGACAUGGUGAUGAACGCGCAGGAAUCCAAGGCGUUCAUGCGGAUUGAUGGGAGCUGA